GUUGAUGUGUCAGCUCCGCGGGGGUUUGAGGGAGCGGUGGCGGGGGGAGCGCGGCGUCGGCCCUGUUUCCCACCGCGGUCCCUGCCCAUCUUCUGGUCUGUUGGGCCCGGGUAUGGAGAAGUUGGUUCCUGAGCUGGAGCUCCAGCGGCCUCGUUAGGGGUGCGGCCUGAGCCUCCUAGAAGCGGGAUGUAAAACGAAGAUCAGAUUUGAAGAAAUGCAGAAUGAAUUAGUGCCUGUCACCAUGUCAGAAACAGAGCACGUAGCAUCCGUUUCCUCAGAUAAAGAUGCUAAGAAAAUACCUGAAUUAAAGGAAGAAUCUUGCAACUUGUUUUCUAGUGAUGAAAGUAGCAGCUUAGGAAAUGAGUCCGAACUGUUGUCAUUAAACUUUGAUAAAGCUUUAUGUCAGCCUACAGAACAAGAUAAUCAAAGUGAAGCACAGGAAAAUUAUAUUCCAGAUCGUGGUGGAGGUGAGGCUUCUUUUCCUAAAACAGACAUCUGCCCAGAAGAUUCUGAACAAAUAACUAAUUUUCCUGGUGAAGAUUCUUCAAAGCUGGCUUCCAAAGCAGAUGAAACUGAGCAGACAGUAACACAAAUAUUGGCGGAUUUAAGAUCAUCUACAUUUUCAGAAGCAGCUAAUCAAAAGACUUACUUAGACAGCCCCUAUGAUACAGACUGCACCAAGAAACUUAUUUCAAAAAUAAAGAAUGCCUCAGCAUCGGAAGAUUUGUUGGAAGAAAUAGAAUCUGAGCUCCUCUCUGCGGAGUGCGUAAAAGAACACCAAGUACCAAAUGGAAUGAAUAAGGGGGAACAUGCAUUAGUUAUGUUUGAGAAAUGUGUGCAAGAUAAGUAUUUGCAGCAGGAGCACACUAUAAAGAAGUUAAUUAAAGAAAAUAAGAAGCAUCAGGAACUCAUCUUAGAUAUAUGUUCAGAAAAAGACAAUUUAAGAGAAGAACUAAAAAAAAGAACAGAAACAGAAAAGCAGCACAUGAACACAAUUAAACAGUUAGAAUCAAGAAUAGAUGAACUUAAUAAAGAAGUUAAAGCUUCCAAAGAUAAACUAGUAGCUCAAGACAAUGCAGCAAAAAAUGCAAUUCAACAAUUACAUAAAGAGAUGGCCCAUCGGUUGGAACAGGCCAACAAAAAAUGUGAAGAGGCACGUCAGGAAAAAGAGACAAUGGUAAUGAAGUAUGUAAGAGGUGAGAAGGAAUCCUUAGACCUUCGAAAGGAAAAAGAGACACUUGAGAGAAAACUCAGAGAUGCAAAUAAGGAAUCUGAGAAAAACACCAACAAAAUGAAGCAGCUUUCUCAAGAGAAAGCACGAUUACACCAGCUGUAUGAAACAAAGGAAGGUGAAACUACUAGACUCAUCAGAGAAAUAGACAAAUUAAAGGAAGAUAUCAACUCUCACAUCAUUAAAGUAAAAUGGGCACAAAACAAAUUGAAAGUGGAAAUGGAUUCACACAAGGAAACCAAAGAUAAACUCAAAGAAACAACAACAAAGUUAACCCAAGCAAAGGAAGAAGCAGAUCAAAUACGAAAAAAUUGUCAGGAUAUGAUAAAAACAUAUCAGGAGUCAGAAGAAAUUAAAUCAAAUGAGUUAGACGCCAAGCUUAGAGUUACGAAAGGAGAACUUGAGAAACAAAUGCAGGAAAAAUCUGACCAGCUGGAGAUGCAUCAUGCCAAAAUAAAGGAACUGGAAGAUCUGAAGAGAACAUUUAAGGAGGGCAUGGAUGAACUACGAACACUGAGAACAAAGGUGAAAUGUCUAGAAGAUGAACGAUUAAGAACAGAAGAUGAAUUAUCAAAAUACAAGGAAAUUAUUAAUCGCCAAAAAGCUGAAAUUCAGAAUUUACUGGACAAAGUAAAAAUUGCAGAUCAGAUACAGGAGCAGCAUCAGAGAGGUAAACAAGAAAUUGAAAAUUUGAAGGAAGAAAUGGAAAGUCUUAAUUGUUUGAUUAAUGACCUACAAAAAGACAUCGAAGGCAGUAGGAAAAGAGAAUCUGAGCUACUGCUGUUUACAGAAAAGCUCACUAGUAAGAAUGCACAACUUCAAUCAGAAUCCAAUUCUUUACAAUCACAAUUUGAUAAACUUUCCUGUAGUGAAAGUCAGUUACAAAGCCAAUGUGAACAAAUGAAACAGACAAAUAUUAAUUUGGAAAAUAAAUUGUUGAAAGAGGAAGAACUGCGAAAAGAGGAAGUCCAGGCUCUGCAAACUGAACUAACUUGUAGACAAACAGAAGUUAAGACUCUGAGUACCCAGGUAGAAGAAUUAAAAGAUGAACUAGUGACUCAAAGACGUAAACAUGCCUCUAGUGUCAAGGAUCUUACCAAACAGCUCCAGCAAGCACGAAGAAAAUUAGAUCAGGUCGAGAAUGGAAGCUACGAUAAAGAAGUCAGCAGCAUGGGAAGUCGUUCUAGUUCAUCAGGGUCCCUUAAUGCUCGAAGCAGUGCAGAAGAUCGAUCUCCAGAAAAUACUGGGUCAUCAGUAGCAGUAGAUAACUUUCCAGAAGUAGACAAGGCCAUGUUGAUUGAGAGGAUAGUAAGAUUGCAAAAAGCACAUGCCCGGAAAAAUGAAAAAAUAGAAUUUAUGGAGGACCACAUCAAACAGUUGGUGGAAGAAAUUAGGAAAAAGACAAAAAUAAUUCAGAGUUAUAUUUUACGGGAAGAAUCAGGCACACUUUCUUCAGAGGCGUCUGACUUUAACAAAGUCCGUUUGAGCAGACGGGGCGGCAUCAUGGCCUCUUUAUAUACCUCCCACCCGGCUGACGGCGGACUGACCUUGGAACUCUCCUUGGAGAUCAACCGAAAAUUGCAGGCUGUUCUGGAGGAUACAUUGCUAAAGAAUAUUACUUUGAAGGAAAAUCUACAGACUCUUGGAACAGAAAUAGAACGACUCAUUAAACACCAGCAUGAGCUAGAGCAGCGGACGAAGAAACCCUAAGCGGAGCUCUGAUCAGCAACGCAACAAAAGCCGGAGCUGCAGGUUCCCGGCCCAGCACUUUGGGAGACUGUUCCUGCUUUGUAUGUCAACCAGUAAAAAUUUAUUUUGCUUCAUCUGUAUAAAAAAAUACCCUUCUACAGCAGAAUGCGUUGCUGUGUAUACUGUAAGAGUGCGAACGUUAAUGAAAUUGGAUUCCGUAUGGUGACAGAACCACUGGAUCAAAAUUUGCUCAUCGUCACAGAAAGUUCUGAACAUGACCACAGGGCUUUCAAAAACCCUUCACCAUUUCUUUCCGUUAAAAUAUAUGAUGUCAAAAGCAAGUCAGCUUUUUAAAUUAUGCAUGAAGUGUUAAUUAUUCAGUAACAUACUAUUUUUCCAAUAUGAAGAAAUCUGAAGUAAUAAAAAUUUUUGUUUUGCGAUUCCACCAGAACAUUUGUUUGUGUUUGAGGGAUACCAAAGAGUACUUAGAGCUUUUAAGUUAGUUUUAAUGGGAAUUAACAGAAAAGCCAGCUCUGGCUAGCAGGGAGAGCCGUGAAUGCCACUGCCCGCUUUUCCUCCUCUGUGUGGGGGGAGGGCAUUUUUUCAGAUUCAACCAGUUGAGUUUUUUAAUCUUCAGUUAAAUAAAUAUGAUUUUAAAUAACAUGUUCAUUUAGAAAAUUCCUCGGUACCUUAAUUAUAUUUUAAAAUGUGGAAUUAGUCAUUUAAAACAGAGAUAAAUAAUGAGUUCUUUGAAAGACUUUGAUAUUAAAUAUAAAGAUAAAUAUUCUGUAUGUGAAGAAUCAGCUCCAAGGAAAUCCAGCAUGGCUGUUAACCAUUUCAUCUGACAUCAUUCUUGCCUGUUGGCAUAAUUACUUGUUAGCGUAGAGUGGUCUUAUGUCCCUAAAUAUGAUGUGUUUCAGUGUAUUUAUUUAAAACUCAAAGUAAUUACAUUUCCAUAACCAAAGGAAUUUUAGUCAAAUCUAUGUAUUAUUUUGCAUUUCUACAAUAUUUAUUUAAGAUGUGUACUUAAGUAUUGCCAUAGUAUCAGUAUUUCUGUCACUUUCUUUUCAUCUCUUAAAAUUUCUUACCUUUUAUAAUUUCUAUGUGAUGUCUCACAUUUCCUUGUAUUUAUGUCAUUUUUAUAAUAGGAUACCUUUAUCCACAUGCUGACAUUGUAGCAAAAAAUUGUUUUGAAUUAUUACAUCUUUUUUUUCUCCUCUUAGGAGAAGCAUACUUUGGGGUGAUGGAUCCAAAAGAUUUCAAAAUUGUAUGGCUAUAAAAGUCUGCCUCAUAGUGGUAGUAUCCCUUCAAAGGGUUACUUAGCAUUUUUUAAAUUGAUUUAACAUUGUUUAAAAAGAUCAUUUAGUAAGGAUUAGAUUACUCAGAUUCAGUGUGGUCUGUUUACUGAGUUAUAUGUUGUCUUCCUAAAAUAUUAUUUUCACUUCAGGGUGCAAAUAUUAAAGUUCAGAAAUGUUUAUUUUUAAAAUGGCUGUAAAAAGUAUUAGUCUUACCAUAAUUUUUCUUUUACCAAUAAUAAUUUAUCAAAAUAGAGUAAGAGGGUAAGUGCAAUCAAAUCUGAAUUAAUUUCCUAUUUGUUUCUAUACUUUGGAUAUUCCUAAAAACUAGAGUAGCCAACAUAACUAAAUUUGUAUGAUUUCUUAUGUAACAUAGAUUCACACACUACAAUAUUUGUUCUCUGAGAUUUACAAAUAUUAAUGGAGACCAGAUAGGGAUCAGAUCCAUAGUGCCCCACAUCUGUACCCUUCUAACAUAUUACACACACACACACACACACACACACACACACACACAACAAUGAAACAUUCUCACUCAGAGUAGUUUAAUGGUGGAACCAGUUUUAGAAGAGAGCUAUGAUAAGCCAUCUUUUUGUUAAUGUUACCUUUGUUCCCCAUAAAUGUGAGAAACUAUGGAAAACUUUGAGGAAAAUGCUUUAUUCUCUUUUUAUUCUGUUGCUUUUAUAUCCUUUUUGUGUAUGUAUUGGGACUAAGCAAAAUGAUGCAUAAAAAUAUGCAUGUCACAUCUCUAUACUGAUUUCACAAUUCCUGUUUUAAGGAUCAAGGGGGUCUUUAUUCUUACAGCUUUGAAUAUAUAAAGCGGAGAACAGGAUGUCUGGAAAGGGAUAUGGUCUGGAUAAACUUAAGAUUUGAGGGAAAUUUUGCUUUUUUAUGCUCAUUAUUACAUGUACAUUUCAAAGGCUAUUGGUCAGUUAGCAAUAUUUUGGUUUCCUUGAGCAAGAAGUGAUUUGUGUGUAUGUGUAUUAUUUACGUACACAGUAGGUUUUAAAUUUUAAGUGAGUACUCAAACUGUGACUCCCCUUUCCCGUACCACUUCAAACUUUAGCCUUAGCCUAUUAAGUUUUAAGGAUUGAAAAUGGGUUUGGGAAGAAAAAUGAAUUUGAACUUUCUUUGAGCCUUUUUAUUUUCAUAAUAUUUAAAGCCAUUUCUUUUGAAGUUUAGUUUUAUCAGGCUACCAGCAUACCACUUAUUCAUCUAAUGAACACAUACAUUGAAAGCCUGUGAGUGCCAUGUACCAUCAACGUCAUGGUGCUGUUGGUAAACAGACCAGAUGGGGGUUCCUGUCCUCCUGGAGCAUGUAGUGUUGUGACAAUACCAGGAGGCAGUGGGCCAUUUGGACUUCUGGACACCACUCCCUAUAGCUGGUCUGGGAAGAGGUAUUUAGGCCAGUUACCUAACGAAUGGAUGACCCGGGAUGCUCACCUGGUGGGCAGCUUGGGGAAUGAGUCCUUGCCCAGGCCUGCUGGCUUUGCACAUUUCCUGAUUUUUGUCACCUUUUAAUGUUUGAUUAUUUUUUAAUAAAAAGUCCAAAGACCAUAAUGUGACAUUUGAUUUUUGCCAUUUUAGUAAAUUAUCAAGACCUAGUUAAUAUUCACAAAGAUGACUAAUCGUGUUGCUAGGUGUUCUACAAAUUGUUCUGCAGUAUAUUUUCUAGCGACUUUUACAUACAAAUUUUGACCAGGAUUUACUGGUAGAAGAAAAAAGAAAUUGGGAGCCAUUUAUGUUAUAUAUGCUACCUUGGUGAAAAUAUCUGUAUAAAUUAUGUUCAGUGCAGUGUGGUUAAUUUACCUUCUGAAUAUUGACCACAUCAGCCUGUUUUUCACUUUUUUUACACAAAAAUUACUCCCUGCCCUUUUUUUUGACCUAGGAUUAAUUUUUAACACCAGUUAGUGGCAUUAGAAACCUGGAAUUUUUCUAGGUUGAACAAGAGAAAUUAAUUGAAAAAGUAUCCAAAUGGAAACGAUCACCAGGAAUAUAAAUGAAAAAUGUAACUAUAGUGAAGAUGUAUUUUUCUUCUAGAAUGGAGUUCUUUUUUAAAAUGCCUGACUCUCCAUUUUGAUUGCAAUGAUGAAAUUAUUUUAUCUUCCAAAGUUCAUGUGCAAAUGUGUAUGUGUGCAUCAUGCAGAUCUUUAAUUUGAUUACUCUGUUUAUUUGUAAAUAUGUUUCUGUAUAAAAUGAAGCUUUUAACAGAAUUCUAUGUAUAUAUUGUACUUAUUAAAUAGAUGAUGCCUGUUUA